AUGUCUGAUUAUGAUCGAGCAUUAACUGUAUUUUCCCCGGAUGGUCACUUAUUACAAGUUCAGUACGCAGCAGAAGCAGCUUCGAGAAGCCUUUCUGUUGUUGCCAUCAAAUCGGCAGACUAUAUAAUUAUCUUGGCCGAACGCUGCAAAGAACAAAAAUUGCAGGACGUGGCGCCGAAUUCAAAAAUAACUUUUAUCAACGACCGAGUAUUCGGAUGUUUUUCGGGACUCGCAGCCGACGCUAGAGUCCUUUUAAAUAAAACUAGAAAUGCAGCUCAAAGCUACCAGCUCUCAGCUGACGAAAUAGCUGAUUGCACCUAUAUCGCAAAGUACAUUGCUGAGGUUCAACAGCGAUACACAAUACAAGGAGGACUGCGUCCCUUUGGCGUUGCUAGUUUAAUUUGCGGCUUCACGUAUCAGUGUGAGCCUAGAAUUUACAAAUGUGAGUCUAACGGUGUGGUAAUUAGCUGGAAAGCACACGCCAUUGGAAAUAACUCUAAACCAAUAAACGAAUUUUUAAAUGCACAUUAUGAUGAAAAAUUAAGUUUAGAAGACGGACUGUCUGUCUUGUUCGGCUCAAUCACUGAAUGCUCAAACAUUGUUUGUGGAAAUGUCGACGUGCUGGUAGCUACGAAAAAACCCAAUCAAACAGGAACAAACGACUACCACUAUAAAUUCUUGGGUACAGAAGAAAAACAAAAUAUUAUACCAUUCAAACCAGACGAUAACUAA